AUGUCAAAUAAUCCAACCUUCAAACCCUCCCCGCUGUCCUUUGGGAGUCCAAGGGCCUCGCCCUUCCGGCGCCCGUCUACGCCAAACUCCCCGCCGGGCUCAGCUCGUACGGCUGGCACACCAGGAAGCUCACCAAGUCGGGGUUAUACACCUAUGCAGUCCCCGAGUAAAUUGAACCAGACAUUCACAGUCGAAGAAGACGAUACAGCCUCCACGAGAAAUGAUCCUAUCCCGCAGCCCAAGUUUACUCGAGAGCUUCCUCCCUCACCGACCAAAGGAGCGCAGUCACCUGGAUACCAAUCACCCAUAAUUGGCAACAGAUCGCGUGGAACAACAAUUGCGAACGCUGAUGCGUCUUCCAAACUCCCUGCCAAUCAAGUCAGAGAAAUCCGGGAAGCAUUUCAAGUCCUAGACCGGGACAACGACGGGCUAGUCAACAAGGAUGACGUCGCAGAUGUCUUGUUGAACCUAGGACAAGACGCAUCUCCCUCUGCGCUCUCGAGCUUCUUCCCACCUGGCGCAUCCCAAACAAUCAACUUCCCGACCUUCCUAAACACCCUCUCUCAACUAAUGUCGCCCAUGUCUUCUUCUCAAGAGCUUCUCAACGCCUUGGCUGCAUUUGAUGAUGAUGACAAUGGUCAAAUCGACGUGGCCGAACUACGCGAUGCCCUCUUGCACACUCUACCUGAAGACGGAGGCGCACCCUUGACAGAACAACAAAUUGACGAGGUCUUUAGCGGGUUUACCGGGCGGCGGGCUUUCGGGGGACGAGGCGCGAAGGCCGGAGGAGUGAAGAGGGGCGAGGUUUUCCAGUACCACGACUUCGUUCGAACUGUUGUAGGUGGAAGUGAAAAUGGCAACAAUGGACGUCGCGAGGCAGGUGCAGCUCAGGCUUGA